CAAAAAAGGGGAAAUCAGAAGAAGAAAAAGACUUGCGUAUGUGUGACUUGUGAGUUGGAUAUUCUUGUGGUUUUUAUAGCGAUAUUAUAAAUGACGUGAUUUUCAAUAGAACAAGAAAAAGAAAUUCGAAUUAUUUUAACGUGAGAAUUGUUUAUAAGAUAGGAAUUAAGGUGCCGCAAAUGUUGUACAGGACAAGUUACAGCCUCUCAAGCAAAUCCAUAAAUUGUUGGGUAAAGAUUCAAUUAGAAAACAUUUAUCGCAGAACUAGCUCAGUCGUAAUGCAUCCUACAACUGACUCUGAACUAAAUACUGAUGUAAAUACUAUGCAUGGAACUAAGAGAUCCAUAGAUGAUGGCAGUGAAAAUGAAGCCAAAGUGCAAAAGACGGAAGAAGAAACAGUACAAGUGACAACAUUACAAGCAACAGAAAUGGAAACAGUACCAAGAAUAAAGAGAAAAAAUCAUGCUAUGUUACUAGGCUAUGUUGGCAAAGACUAUUAUGGCAUGCAAAGAAAUCGUGGUAUGAAAACUAUUGAGGAAGAUUUAAUUACUGCCUUACUAAAGGCAGACUUAAUAACUAAGGAACAAUUUGAGAAUAUACGUGCGAUUAAUUUUCAAAGGGCUGCACGUACGGACAAGGGAGUGUCAGCGAUUAGGCAAAUUGUUUCACUGAAACUACCGGAGAAUAGUAAUAAGACAAUAAUAAAUCAGUUCUUACCUGAUGCCAUCAGAGUAUUUGGAAUAAAACGUGUGACAAAGGGUUUCAACAGCAAAAAUCAAUGUGAUGCACGUACUUAUAGAUAUAUCGUUCCUUCCUAUGCAUUUGCAUUAGAAGAUCAAAGUUUGCUAAAACUUGGAGAGGAAGUUGACGAAGAUGAAAGAAUCAAACAGUUAUCAAUUAUUGACGGAAAGCCAUACAGUGAUUAUAGAUUAUCUCCAGAAUCUUUAGAUAGAUUAAAUUCGAUUUUGAAACUUUUCGAAGGUUCUCAUAACUUUCAUAACUUCACGUCAAAAGUGAAACCAUUAGAUCCACGCGCACGACGCUAUAUAAUUAGUUUCUGUUGUACGGAAACAUUCGUUUUAAAUGAUAUAGAAUUAGCGGUAUUGGAAAUUAAAGGGCAAAGUUUCAUGUUGCAUCAAAUCCGAAAAAUGAUCGCAAUUGUAGUUGCUAUUGCAAGGAACAUGAUAUCCAAAGAGACAAUCGAUGAAGCAUUCAAGACAAUGGACAAGAUGGACUUACCACUUGCACCUAGUUUAGGAUUGUGCCUGUGUCAUGUGCAUUAUGAUAAUUAUAGUAAAAGAUAUGGCACAGACGGUCUCCAUGAAACGUUAGAUUGGAAGGAGUGUGAAGAAGAAGUAGAAAAGUUUCAAAAAACAUAUAUUUUGCAACACAUGAUAGACACCGAAAUUUCAGAACAAACAACCUUAAAAUGGCUGAUAAGCCUCCCUUUUUAUUCUUUUAGUAACAGAGAUGUGCUACCUGUGGAGGAUGAUGAAAAACAAGAAGCUGUGCAUAAUGAUGUUUAGAUGUAAAAUGCAUAAUUCCGCCUUUGUAUCAAAUGCACUAAGAAACAUUAAAGAAA